AUGGCAGCGAGAGUCAUUCUGGUGUGUCUUCUGUCCGUGGCAGUAUUGGGAUUUACCACAGCUGUUCCUGCCAUUCACGCAGACUCCUAUAGGAUGGCCAAUUCCGUGGAACAGAUGAGAUCAUCCUGCGAUGAUGACAGUGAUGCUCUUUCCUGCCUCAAGUUCAAAGUUACAAACUUCCUGGAUUCCCUCUUCAAGAAAGAACGCUUCGAAAUCAUGGGUGAUGUUGAGGUGCAACGAAAUAGUGUAGGAGAUGGCUUUACCGGACGAUCCAGUGACUCCCUUAUGGACAAAGUGGAACAGUAUGUUCGCCAACAUGAUGUCACAUUCAAGAUUCCAGGAGCUGAUACCAAAGUGACACUCUCAGGUCGGGAUCUCGACUCCAACAACUUCUCCCUCAACUUCAAACUUCAGGACACACAAAGAAGCGUUGGAGAAUCUCGCAAAUCGAAACUCAGGAAAAUCAUCGUCCCCAUCGUUGUGUUCAUCCUCCUGAAGGCCAUCACUCUCAUCCCAAUGGCUCUUGGAAUUCUCGGCAUCAAGGCUUGGAACGCUCUUCAAUUGUCUUUCUUCUCCUUCGUCAUCUCAACAGCUCUGGCUAUUUUCCAGCUCUGCAAGAAGAUCACCACCGAUGGAUUCAUCCAUCCACAGAUUGCUGCCCACGGACCAUGGGAUCACAGACGAUCUUUCGAGGCUGCUGAAGAUGCUGCAGAAUCUCAGAAUCUCGCCUACAGUGCAUAUCUCAAAUUCUCUGAAUCCGGGAUGAAAGUGAAACCAUCCAAUGUUACGUGUGUUCCAAUUAUUGCGGGUGAAAAAUUUAGGGAUUUGGAGCAUCUUGAAAUGUGGAACGUGCCAGAAAUACCAUCGCAUUGCUGGACACUCUGUCCAAAAGAAGCAACUAACGGACCUUCCGUUUGGAAGCCAACUUCCGAGUGGGCUGAAUUCUUCUGCCUUGGAAGUGGUCACUUUCCGUUUAUUCGUCUUGCCCAUUGGUGUGACCAGAACCAAGGAGACAAUCAGUUUAAACAUCCAAAGGUGCCAAAGAAAAUCCAGCUUUUGAGGAUGAACCAAAGAGUGUUGAGUGUUGUGCUCGUGAGUGGUCUUGUGGCCACAUGUUUGGGCGCCUCAAUUGGGGAUAAUGAAAUCGAGAGUCGCCAGAUGAGGAUUAACACAGGAGAGGAACUCAUUGACUCCAUCAUGAGUAAUUGUUUUUCCGGUGAUACAUUCAAGUGUCUCAAGGGAAGGGUUCUCUGCUACCUGGACACAAAUUUAGGAGUCACAGAAAAAUCUGCACGAGCUUUUGAGGAUGACAACGUGGAUCGAGCAAUAUUCGAUCGCGUUAGUCGAGUACUCACAACCAGUGAAUUCCGCAUGGCUCUUCCUCAGGCACUCUUUGGACAGACCGUCCUGACCUAUCGUCCAGAUGAAGGAUUCAACUUCCUUGUUCCCACAGAACGAGCUCGGAACGGAGACUUGAAGGAAAAGCUGCUGAUCCCUAUUUUGCUGCUCAUGAAGCUGAAGCAGAAGAUUGUUUUACCUAUUGUCCUGGGACUCAUCCACCUUAAGGCCGUGAAGGCUUUCAUCAUGUCCAAGCUGGCCAUCACCCUUGUGCUUGGCUUCCUGUUGCACAAUUUACUGAAGAAGAAGGGACUUCUGCCCAUGCCUAUGACUAUGAUGCCAAUGCCACCACCAGAACCCGCCCCUGUAUACGGUGCUCCUGCUCCAACUCCAGCUCCAGCAUCAUCCUACCAACCUAGCAGCUGGGAACCUACCAACGGAGGACCCUACUCUAGAAUAUGGGAACCCUCUUCGGACUCUCAGCAGAUGGCCUACAGCGGUUACUACCCAGGAUCUUCUUCUUCAUCUUCAAUGUCCUCAUCUUCAUCUAGCUCGGGUUCAGUGGGGUCCAGCCUCUCAUCUCAUGCUUACUAA